AUGUCUUCCCCACGGCCGAUGGCCAUUGACGAUCUAGUCGCCUUGAGCGAUGCACAGCUCGGCGAGUUUAUGGAGAAGCACCGCCACCACGAUGGCUCGAUCCAGCUUCCUGUUGAUGGCUGGGACAGGUUGUCUAAAGAAGAGCGAGAGCGCCUUGCUGAGAGACUGCAAUCGAUCCAGCGAGCAUCGAUCAACCACGCUACAGCUGGUUCCCAUCAGCUUGACCUGGACAAACUCGACGCGCUUUUGCGAAAUACCUCUCCCCGACGCGAUUCCUUUUCACAAGAUCGACUGCCUCGGAGUGAAAGGCAAACUGAGUCGCCAGAAGAAACCCUUCUCGAGGUGUACCAGCGAAGAGAGACGAAAGCGUACAACGAUUUAAUCCGUGAUGGCGGUCGUGCACUAUACCCAAUUGACCUUUUAGAGUCGGUUUCACAGGACCCCCAUGCGUAUCGUGACAUGUUGCGCCCUUUCUGGCGGGGCUUUCGACACUGGAAAAUAUCAGAGAAUGACGAGCUGGACGAAGAACAAGUGUUUCAAAGACAAAGGCUUAGGUGGCAGAAUUUCCGCAUGUGGCAAGUUGUGAACAGACGGAUUGAAGACGAUAAGGACGAAAAAGACUUUCUGGAAUUCGCCGAGAGAGUAAAGCGUAAUUACAGGAAGGUGGGCUGGGAUAAGUAUGCGGACGAGCUUGAAGCUAAUCCGACACAAUUAAAGGAGCCAGGAGGAUUAUGGUAUUUCACUCAGAGACAUCGUGACUGGCAGCGACAACACCAGCGGGAGCGCGGAUGUGAGGGUAUAUUGGAUUACGAAAAAGCAAUGAAAGCGCGUCUAGCCCGACAUGGCUUUAAGCGAACAUUUCAUCUAGCAGAGGACCCAAAGCAGCAGGAUCAGCUGACGACAUGGAUUGAAUACCUAGGCUUUGAGUACUGGUGGCUUGACCGACAUACUGCAACGUUUGAGCGCCUUAAGCCAAUUCACGAUGAAGCUUGGGAGAAGCUGAAAAGAGAAGGGAUGGUCCAGGACGACGAGACUCCAGAAUUCGUCCGUACCGAGGAAUCAGCUUUAGGUUGUCAACGCGAUAUAGACGACGCAAGGGAGGCUUUACAAGAUGCAGAAUCUAAAGCAAAAAGGGUUUACCAGAAGACGCAACUAGACCCUAGUCGCCUUAGCAUUCCAGCGCAACAGCGUGCAGAAAUGCUGGUUAAGGCUAGGGAAAAUUUACAAGCGUCACAAAAAGAGCUCGACUUUCUUAUACAACGGAGUAACCAGAUCUGCCACUUCGUUGAAAGCACUGAAUUAUAUGUAGACGCUACGGAAGAUGUGGCCUACCUGACGAAUAUACUAGAAUGGGCUUUGGCAGAGCUAGACGCAAUCGACGCUGAGGUGACAGGUGCAACCUCGGACUGCAACUCCCGGAAGAGGAGGCAAGCACCAACUGAAGAUGUCGGCUUAGUGCAGUCAAACUCCAAGAGGCAGAGGCUAAACGGUCGCAAACAUGGUCCACAUCUAAGCAAUGAAGCAGUUGUUGAGGCACAUGGAAGAGUUUUACGCAGCCGAAGUCGUCCAUCAACGGACAUUAAUCGACAAUCUCGUCGAAGCCAUAGCCAUGACACGAAUGACACAUAUCCUGGCCAAAACGGACUGAUCCAACGGGCGGCGGAGCAAGUGCCUGAACCCGAGCCCGAACCUGUGACCCCAAAGGGUACUUCACGAAAGAGGAAAAGGGUCACAUUUAAAGAUGACCCCCUCGUGCAGUCGGGGCCCACAAGACUGAAGCCAAGCUCUCGGGGCCAGGGCGCAGCUGGCACGACGGGCAUGACUCAACGACUAGAUCAACAUCAGAAGGAACGAGACACAGGUUCCAGCGGCCGGGUGCCUGUGCGUAACGUGCCGUCUCAGCAAAUAACCCAAGGACUACGUCGCAGCUCUCGGCUUUGGGCCUUGCGUCCGGAACGAGGAAUUUCCUUAGCAGGAGGCGGAUCCCGCUUCCCCAGCGACCUAGGAAGCCGAUAUUUGCCAGUGGACAAGUUGUUAGAGAAGCGCGUUCGCAGGCGAGGACGUGGUCGCAUUACGGAGUACCUGGUCAAGUUCAGCGGCUCUGGCAGUUCGCCUAAUCUGUGGACAUCUGCCUGCGAACUUCCCCAUUGGGCCAUAAAAGAAUUUGAGCAGCUUUGUGGUGGUUGA